UUUGUGUGUCAAUAAAUGAAAGUAACUAAACUUUUAAUUUUAAUUCCAGGGUUGACGCGAUCGUGUGAUACUGUGCUAAAUGCAGAAAUGUCCGUCCUGAGAUUUCAGCCAUUUAUUUUAUGUAGCGGUCUUUCACAAUCUGGUGUCUUAUGUCUCUGCGGGAGCUGUUCUCGAAGUUAUUUUAAUAAAGACUUUGAAAGAAACAAUGACAGCACUCAUAGCAAUAUAAAAAGCAGAAAUGAAUUAAUUUAUAAGUUAUAUAUACCAUCAGAUAUCAGUGUUGCUACCGCUCAUUUUUCAAUCGAGGAAGCUUGUAAAGAAUGUCCUGAUAUUGUGUUUCAAAUUCAAUCAAACGCUUUUCCAAAAUCUAUUAAUGAAAGCCGGGACAACGUUGAUCAACAUAAUUUCAUUCACAGCGUUCAUAUAAUAAAACCGAACAAAACUGCAAACAUUUCACUUGAGUUCCACGUCCAAGAGAAAGCUUGGCAUUAUAUACAUGUGACAUUUUUCAAAGAAAAGAAAGUAAUGUCAGAAGGAUGGAAAACAAAAUUGACUGAGCCAUUCGUUUCUCAAAAUGAAGAACAAUAUACAAAAACUAUUAAUUCGAGUGGUGCAAAUUUUCAAAAAGAAUAUUAUGAAGAAGAUAGUAUUUGUUUUCACCAAAUAAAAUACGGUUUGGUAAUCAAUUUCCAAACAUCUCUGGACGCUUCACAUAAAGAACAGGAAACGGCAAUAAUCAAUUCAACUUUUGCCACGAAGAAUGUAACCGUUGAUAUUUUAAACGAAAAUAUUACCAUAGAUUUAUUGAAUCAUGAUGCAAGGGAAUGGUUACCAAAACGAUUUCGAGGUAUAGACUUUUAUCCACUCCUUCGCCAAUCUUAUCGUGAGUUUUUUAUGUUUGAUUAUGACCUUAUGCCAGACAAAAAUGGCACAGUUCCAUUUAUUCUCAAUUUAACCGCAGGUAUACCUGCUGGUUUUGCUUUUGACGUUGGUGAGGUACAUGACAUAGGCGGAACUUUAACUUUCGCUGUAUCGAUGAAAAAAGCUUUAGAAAGCGAAUCAAUUGUAUUGCAGGAAAUAUUUCCUACCAGUACUGGCAGUGAUUUUACUGUAAAAGGAAGGUCCAGAAGCAAUAAGACAAUAUUGGUUUGUAUGCACUUAUCAGAACCAGGAAUUCCAAUUUGGCCAGAUAAAUGUCAGUACGGCCAACAAGUUUUUCCAGCCGCAAGUAUAGUUAAUAAUACGGAUUUCAGCACAACCACGGGUCUUGUUCACGUUCCAUUUCCAGAAAGUGGACGAUGGUACAUUAGCAUGGCUCUAUAUUGUCACCAAAACAAGUCGACAUCUCACUUAACCGUAACAGAUAGAGUAAAAGACUUUAUAAAAAAAAAUAUACAUACUUUAGAUAAAAUAAGGCAAUCGUGCCCUUGCUUUCCGGAAUUGAGGCGAUGUAUUGCAAAUAUUGAAUGCUUGAAUUCAAUGACUGAUGUAGAGACAUUGAAAGUAAAAGAUUGCUUUGUGGAUCCGAAAUGUACUCCUAAUUAUUUCGAUAUGAUACUCAAUUUUGAAGUGCAUCAAAAACUUACCAAUAAUCAAUAUUUUGCACUGGAAAAUUGCAACACUUCGGUGGUAUUUACGAUCUCAUCAAAUCCUUGUGUUGCUGGCCGUUGUGGACGAUAUGGCCGUUGCUACCAUUACAUGUCAGGAGGUUUAGUUUUCUCUACUUGUGUGUGCAUGAAAGGCUAUAGAGGUUGGGAUUGUUCUGAAGAUAGUCAAGUGCCAUCAAAUUUAUCUAUCCUUGCAUCAUCUCUCUUACUUACUCUUAGCAACCUAAUUUUUUUACCCAGCAUUUGCAUUGCAAUUCAACGUUACUUCUACACCGAAGCAACUAUUUAUUUUUUCGCUAUGGCUUUUUCUAUAUUAUAUCAUGCUUGUGAUUCUGGAGAGGAUGAGUACAGUUUUUGCUUAGUAAAAGUAGGAGUAUUGCAGUUUUGUGAUUUUUACUGUGGUCUUCUAGCCAUUUGGGUUACUUUAAUCGCAAUGUCACACAUUCGUCAACAAUUCGUCUCAAUUCUACAUAUGCUUGGUGCAGUUCUCUUAGCUUUUGGCACUAAACUCAAUAAACAGAGUCUUUGGGUAUUCUUAGCACCUGCGCUUACUGGUAUAUGUCUCUUUUCUACAAGUUGGGGUAUACGUUGUUACAAAAUGCGAAAUUGGUAUCCAUCGCCAAAGUAUCUCAUAAUUUAUAUGCCCUUAGGCGUGGUCCUUGUAAUGGUUGGUCUGAUCUGCUUUGCUUUCUUGCAAACGAAACAAAACUACUACAUUGUCCAUUCAAUUUGGCAUACGGUAAUGGCUCUAAGCAUUCUUUGCCUGCUCCCUUCAAGAAAAUACUUCAUACCAAAGUGCUAGCACUCAUCAUUCUACCUCAAGGAGAAUCUUCUCCUCCAACAGAAAUUCUACAAGUAUGAUCACAAACUUAGAAGGUUUAAAACUAUAAACCAAAAUAUACAUUAAAUUAUAUAUCGAAACGGUGGAAAGAUUCCAAAACAAAGUUCUGCGAAAAAUUUUAAAUGCCACGUGGUACAUACGCAAUUCGGCUCUGCAUUGUGAUAUUCAUUUAAAAAUGGUUCAGGAAGUCAUUCGGGAAACGGCUUCGAAACAUACAAAAAGUUUACAGAAUCAUGUAAGCACUGACGACCGACAACUAGGAGAGACUAGCAAUAGCAGCCGCAAACUGAACAGAAUAACGUUUCAUGAGAAGACUCUAAGAAAAUAACAAAUAUCAUAACACUUAGUUAUUAAGUUUAGUUUAAAAAAGAAAAAAGCUUGUUAGUUUACAUUUAUCACUAGUUGCAAUUUAAAUGAAAUGUAAAACCAUCACUUUAUUACCUUUUAAUAAAAAAAUAUAUGUAUAUCUAUAUAAAUGCAGUGGGAAUCUCAUAUCACCAUACUAAGGAACUAAUGCUAUAAGAAAAACGGACGGAUUUCAUCUACUUUUAACAUUAAACUAAAGCAUGCCUCGAAAAAUUAACCAAACUUUAUGAAACCAAUAUACAAUAUCUUGAAGUAUCUGUAACUGGGCGAAACCAAAGA